GGUUCAAGAGACCGCGUCCCCGGUCCCUUAGCCGAGGGCAGAUCCGCCACAUCAUGCCCAGGGGCCUGGGUGGACGCAUACGUCAAAAUAGAGAAUAAGAACAGAGCGCAGAGAUUCCCAAACCCCUCGCUGCGACUGUACGGAAACCUCUCACCACGGGCUCGAAGCCCUCAGCCUCCUCUGCACGCCGCCAUCUUCCUUAUGACACCUACGGCACGCCGUCGCCACCGCGCGCCCCCGGCGCACCCCUCCCCGCCCCCGUCAAUCAGCAUCAUAAGCGUGCUCGCCCCGCCCCCUCCAUGCCGCGCUGCGUGUGGAGGGGGGGAAAACUACAAGUCCCAGAGGGCUGUUCGCGCACCGCGCCACGUGCCCUCUCCGCCCGCCAAUAGGCAGGAGCGCCGCAUGAGCUUGCUCCCGCCUCUCCGGCGCUCCCGCGCCAAUCGGGAGCAGCUGUGUGUAUAUAUGUGUGUGUGUGUGUGUUUGUGUGUUUGUAUGUGUGAGUGUGUGAGAGUGUGUGUGUGAGUGUGUGUGUGUGUGUGCGUGUGUGUAUGUGUGCGCGUGUGUGUGUGUGUGUGCGCGCGCCAGGGCAAGUGGGGAGGAGGGCGCAGCUCAGGACAGGGAGGCCCUGCUAGCAGGUCCCGGGGUCCAGGUGGCGACACGAGCGCUCGGUCGGCCGGCAGCGGGCGGGUGGUUCCCCGAGCCCCUCCCACGCGCGUGCGCGCCCGGGUCCGCCCUCCCCGCAGCCUCGACUCCCGCGCGGCGGCGGCGGUUCCUUCCCCCUCCCCCCAGCCCUGGCUCCGGGGGACCCCGCGAUGCCGGUCCGCACCGAGUGUCCCCCGCCGGCGGGUGCCUCAGCCACAUCUGCGGCCUCACUCAUCCCGCCGCCGCCCAUCAACACCCAGCAGCCCGGCGUGGCCACCAGCCUGCUCUACAGCGGCUCCAAGUUCCGCGGCCACCAGAAGAGCAAGGGGAACUCGUACGACGUAGAGGUGGUGCUGCAGCACGUGGACACAGGUAACUCUUACCUUUGUGGGUACCUGAAGAUUAAAGGCCUUACAGAGGAAUAUCCAACCCUUACGACCUUCUUUGAAGGAGAAAUAAUAAGCAAAAAACACCCUUUUUUAACUCGUAAGUGGGACGCAGAUGAAGACGUCGAUCGGAAACACUGGGGCAAGUUUCUGGCUUUUUAUCAAUAUGCGAAAUCAUUUAAUUCGGAUGACUUUGAUUAUGAAGAACUGAAAAAUGGGGAUUAUGUCUUCAUGAGGUGGAAGGAGCAGUUCCUGGUUCCGGACCACACAAUCAAAGACAUCAGUGGUGCUUCCUUUGCUGGCUUCUAUUACAUCUGCUUUCAGAAGUCAGCAGCCUCCAUAGAGGGCUACUACUACCACAGGAGUUCAGAAUGGUAUCAGUCCCUCAACCUGACCCAUGUUCCCGAACACAGUGCACCCAUCUACGAGUUCCGGUGACAGUGGUUCAGAACAGCGGCCAAAUAAAACUGAACUUGGCAACAAAGAGCUUUGCCAAGGAGAUUAUGUACCUGCCAGAA